GCUUAAAAGUUUUACUAAGGUAGCUGUAUAGCCUCUGCAGCAGGAUUCCUCAAAUCUGGUCCUGGAGGCCUUGCAGAGUUUAGCUCAAACCUUAAUCAAACUCACUAACCUGUGAUUUUCUAGGGAUCCUGAAGACCUUGAUGAGCUUGCUCAGGUGCGUUUAAUUGACCCUUGACAGGCAAUCUGACCAAUCACAACAGCGAAUCUGCCAUUUUUGUCUGACAAACAAACCAGUCAGGACAGUCGAUUUACAUAGGUGGAUUUGAAUUUAAAAAAAAAAUGGUGUGCACUGACAUCUUUACACGGUUGAAUGAUACCUUCUGAUGUUCAUUCAUGUUUAUUUCUAGUGAUAACUAGUAAAGAGGAAGAGAUGACUGGUUCAUGUGCCGCUUUAACUGAGAUGAUAAAGCGAUCUGUCACAACACUUUAAAGAGCCACACAAUGGUAUUGUUUAAAUUUCUAUAAAAAAAGACAGAAUUUUAAAGCUAAGACUUUGUUUUAUACCCAAAGUAACCUGCUCUGUCUUGUCUGUUGCAAUUUGUCAGUUUCCUCUUUGCUCCGCAAUGUAUUUUUCACUGCGUAAGAACAUGUGUGGCAUGAGAGCGGCAUGGCUUGUUGGAAGUAGCAACAGUAACAAAGUGGGGCGGGUCUUUGCGAAGGGCCAAUUAGGGUUGUACGCAGACUAAAUUGGGUUUUAGAGUGGAUGUCCGUGGGCACUUCUGAUGACGAAAAUUGUGUCCCUUACAGUUUUGGUAAUGUAGCCUCUAGGGCUGCCACCCAGUCCUGUUCCUGGAAAUCUAACCACCUGCAGAGUUUAGUGAAAGCCCUGAUCCCACACACCUGUCUGUAUUUAUCAAGUACUCCUGAUCUUAUUUAGGUGGUUCAGGUGUGUUUGAUCAGGGUUGAAGCUGAACUUUCCAGGAAGAAAGAUCUCAAAGAACAGGACUGGGCAGCCCUGCUCUAGAUCAGGGUUUCUCAAGAAGGCCUAAUCAAACACACCUGAACAGUCUAAUCAAGUUCUUCGGGAUUGCUAGACAUAACAGACAGCAGGAUUCGUCAUUUCCCAAAGCGGCAGGCUUGAGCUCGGCUGUGCGAGAAGCGCUCAGAAACAGCCCAACAUCGCAUCAAAAGAUGAAAAUGUAGACAUGUAUCAGAAGAUGCGCACAUCGGAGACAUAACUCACCAUCGACUGAUGACGAUGGAAGACGGACUGGUGUCUGAAGACGAUAUUUUGCUAUGCUCAGAGAAGGAGUUUCAUGAUGCUGCAAAGAGGAACGACACGGAGAGAAUGCAGGAGCUCAUCAGAAGAGGGGUGGACAUCAAAGUCAAAAAUAAGAUGGAGCGUAAGGCCUUGCACUGGGCAGCAGGAGCCGGCAGUGAGCAGGCAGUGCGUCUGCUGCUGGACCACGACAUGGAGGUGGAUGAUAUGGACAGCUUCGGUAUGAACGCUCUGCUCUUGGCGGCAUGGUUUGGUCACCUCUCAAUCCUAAAGAUCCUUGUCUCAGCUGGGGCCAAGCUCACCUGUGAAAACAAAAAUGGCUUGAAUCUCUUGCACUGUGCUGCACAGCGGGGUCACAUCAGUAUUUUGGAGUAUAUUAUGGAAGAUCUGGAAAACGUGCAGCUUAAUAAAGUCGACAAGUCAGGUAAGACAGCGUUUCAUUUGGCUGCGGAGCAUGGACACCUGGAGGUGGUGGAGUUUCUCAUUGGAAUGGGCUGUGCUCAUGACCUCAAGGACAAGGAGGAAAACACUGCACUGCAUUUGGCAGCUAAACAAGGCCACAGUGACGUCCUCCAGAAGAUCAUGGAAACCGGGGAGAGCAUUGAUGGAAAAAACAUUGAUGGCAUGACGGCUUUACAUUUGGCAGCUGAAGGAGGGCAUUAUGAAUGUAUCAGACUCUUGCUGGAGGCUGGCUGCAAUGUCAAUGAACUUACUAAUAGUAACAGGACAGCUCUUCAUCUGGUGGCCCAGCAUGGCUCUGGAAGAGAGAUCAUACUGCUGGUACAGGCUGGGAUCAAUCUGGAUUCAGUAGACACACAACAUACUUCAGCUCUGCACUUGGCAGUACUCAACAACUCCACAGGAAUAGUCAAGGAUCUUGUCGAUGCGGGAUGCGACCUGGACAUCUUUGACAAUCGGCUUCAAACUGCUUUGCACAUAGCAGCAGAACACGGACGGCAGAACAUCGCUGAGAUGAUCCUGAUAUCUGGAGUCAACCUCAAUCUGCUCGACAAGCAGGGAAAGACCUCACUGGAUGUUGCAGCACGAGGCAGCCAUGUGAAUGUCGUUGACAUGAUUAUCAAAGCUGACAGAUUUUACAAAUGGGAGAAGGAAAAUGUGACGAGUGACUCUGACUCUCUGGUGGGAAUGAGUCUUACCUUCAAGCAAGAUCAUCGACAGGAGACACAACACAUCCGAUCUGUCCUGUGGAAACUUGCCUCCAAAUAUCUCAAACCAGGCGAGUGGAAAACACUGGCUCGGCACUGGAGGUUCUCAGAUGCACAUAUUCGAGCCAUAGAGCACCAAUGGACAGGUACAAAGAGCUACAAGGAGCACGGGCAUAGGAUGCUGCUCAUCUGGCUGCACGGAGUGAUCAAUGCUGGAGAAAACCCCAUCAAGGGCUUGUACGAAGGUCUGACUGGAAUCUCAAGGAUUGAUUUGGCAGAAAGCAUGCGACAGCAGGCAAAUGCGGAUCCGUCUUCUGCUAAAAAAUGCUCUACAAUGUAACGUGAGAUUUGUUGAGAGAGGACUAGACUGAGCACGUACUAAGCAGGAGAUCGGAUGCUCUUCAAAUACACAGCACUGAUGAAACACAAAUACUCCCUUAAAUAUAACCUCAGAAGAACUGAGAAGAAAACAGCCUGUUCACACCAAGAGCAAAUAUUUACAGCAAACAUGACUUUGGAUUGAAAUAAUGGGUUUCUGUGGGACCAUUCUUAUUGAGAAAAUAUGACAGAGCAGUUUUUAGGAGAACAGGUAGAAUUUUUUUCUCUCUGUCGAAAAACUUGCCAAGCAAUAACAUUUUUGGUCAUGCUUAAGUUUACUUUUCACAUUUCAUUUUUACAGUUAUGCAUGUAUUUCUGUCCUAUAUUUAUUUGUAGUUGCAGCUUUUCUGCUGUAAUUGUUAUUUUUAAGACACAUUUACUUAGUGUGUGUUUAAAUGUGUGUGGUGAUCCUGUUCAGUAUAGGAUUUGCAAGACUGAAAGGCCCAAACAUUUUUUUGUAUGUGCAAAUGUUCUUAUCUGAACACGGGACAAAAGAAUAAAGAAGGUGCAAUAAAAUUUAGAGAAUAAACCAAUGUAGUAUUUUAUGCAGAUUAGGGCUGGGUUGACAUCGUUUUUUUUUUUUUUAAGUAAAUCCUAGCAAGCUUCAAUAUAAAACAAAGCCUUAGCUUUAAAAUUCUGUCACUUUUGUAUGAAAUUCAAACAGUAAAUAACGUGUUGGUCCUUUUUAAUGAAGUGUGACAGAUCGCUGUAGCGCCUCAUUUCCAGCCGCAACUCGUAGCACACGUGAACCAAACAUAUCUCUUCCCUAUACUACUAGUAAUUGCAUGAAAUAAACAUGAAUGAACUUCUGAAGUUGUGUUGAAAAUGUAUCAUGUCAUGAAAAGCCAUUCAAUGUCCACAGCUCGACAGUUGGCUAUAAAUAAACUCUAGAGAGAAGAAUUUUGGUGAAUAUAUGCAUUGUUACAUAUUUAUUAUGUUUUUUUUACUUAACCUGUUGUCUGAUAUUUGAAUAAAUCCAUCAUCAAAACACGUUUAUAUCUACAAAAAUGAAUUGGAGCAUAGUUAGGCUAUAUCAUUGUACAAGUAUAGGCUAAGUAUAUCUUCUUCCCUUUACAGUUUACAACAUCAGUUGAGAUUUCUUUACGUGAGAAAAACUGACAUGUAUUGUACCUGAUACUGUGCGUAUCCAAAUGAAUCAGUAUCGGAUCGAGAUCGGAAUUGAAUCGAAUCACAAGCUUGAGAUUCAAAUUCAAUUUUUGUCAACCCAGUUCUUAUACAAACAUUCUGAAUAUAUUCAGCCUGCCUAAGCAAGAGAUGUGUAAAUGUUGGUCGUGAUGUUAGAGAUGCAAGACUGUAACUUGUUUGAUUUGUACAUUGUACUUGUUUUAAAGUAUUGAGUAAAGUAUGUCACAGUAUGCAGCAUGACUAGA